UCCAGCAGGUGCAUCUCAACGAAAGCCUCAUCAAUCACCCCAAAUAAAAAGAAAAGAAAAGAAAAUAAAAUAAACCAAAGAAGGAGAUAUAUAGUAUAAUAAGCAAUACAUAAUAUAUAAAAAGAAUGAAAAAGAGAGAAUGAUAACUGAUUAAAAACGAAGUCCCCAAAUCCCCAUCCCAUCCCACCAAAUGCCCCGCACAGACCACCACAACCACCACACACGCAAACCUCCAACAGCUUCAAUAUCCAACACCCAACACCUUCUAUCCCCUCUCACCCUAAUACAUACAUAAAACCGCCAAAAUGAUGCACCGCAUGCUCUCAAAAGAAGACGAGGUCUCCGCGGCCGGCACGGAGGAAAACGAAGUCCGUCGCGAGGACCAGGAGAAGAUUAACAGAUUCAGUCGUCUUCAUCAGCGAGAGACGAUGCUGGAGGAGAUGCUGAAGGGGAAGCAGAAAGACAAGGAAGAUCUCGAGGAAAUCUCAACAGAACUUGAGCUUGCUGAUGAGGAUGAGCUUGUUCCGUACAAAAUCGGAGACGCCUUCUUCCAUCUCCCCCUGGAAAAUGCCCAGUCUCUGCUCUCCUCGUCCACAGAGCAGAUUGACUCGGACGUGUCCGGGUUGGAGGAUAAGUUGGGCGAGCUGAGAGAGGAAUUGCAGCAGUUGAAGGUGGCGUUGUAUGCGCGGUUCGGAAGGAGUAUUAAUCUGGAGACUUGAUUUUAAUUCUAUUUCUCUGUAUGUUUAAAAAAAUUAUGAUGGUAUGGUGGUGGGAUAGAUGAUAAGAUAGACUUAUGAUAUUGUCUAUUAACGUGAUGAUAUAAAGAAUAAAAAAAGAGCUGAUGCAAUGCAAUGCUCAAUUCAAUUAUAC